AGAGACUUCACAGACAGUAAUUAGAGCAAAUAUACCAAGUUCAUUGGUAUGAUGAUGACUGAAAUUCCACUGAACAACCUUUCCAGGCAUAAACAAUCGUUUUUUCUGUGAACAUAGACAAACUUAUUUGUCUGUUUGAGCCAAGAUUAAGGAGCAUUUUCAUAUGAAUGAGACAGUAUUCACAAGUUUGGAAGCCGUAUGGCAACAUUGCCCCGUCACUGCUCUGUCCUUCAUUUCCAGAAGUCUUUUGGCCAUUGGUUCAGCUAACGUACUAAGCAUCUAUAGUGUAGAUCAUGGGUUAGUGCUGUGUAAGUACCUGCUGAAGCGUUUCGUCAUUAUACACAGAGUGGAGUCAGUACCAGAUGUGAAGCAGGACAACUUUAUCUUGUGUCUGUGUGGAAAUAGAUUUGUCACUGUUCUGGAAUUCAAGGCUACAUCAGCCACCUUAAUGUUAAUAACCGAAGAUUAUUACUGUGAUAAUAUGAUAUAUUGCACAGUUCAUUUCAGCCCGCUAGCAUUUUAUUUACAAACUCUUUCGAGUCAUGGUGUACUGAAAGUAAUGAAAUCAUCCUGUGAUGACAUUGCAUGUAUUAGUGAUUUAAACACCAGUACUUCGCUUCAGCUUGAAACAAGUGUAUGCUAUACAGGUCAUAUAUUUCGGUUCCCGUCGACAUCACUAUCAACAGGUGGUAAAACUAUAGUAUUUUGUGGAUCUACCUUUGGAAAAAUUCAUGUGUAUCACAUUUCAAAUGAUGAUUUAUCCCAAUGCUCAUCGGUUCCCACCCUAACUCUGUGCGCACAAAAGGGGGUUAUAUUUUCUGUUGAUUUUUGUCAUUUAGCCCUUGAUAAGUCUUCUAUGGCAUCGUAUCGCUUAGUCUCUUGUGCUGAGGAUCGUAGUAUUGCUGUCUGGUCAGUAUCAGCUAAGUACAUUGUGGAUUUCAGCGGUUCAGAUAAGUGGCAACUGUUGUACCAUUUAAAGGCAGGCAGUUUUCUGGAUGGCAGCGUAAUAUUUGAGUCUAGAGUUUGGUGUGUUCGUGUUGGUGAUUGGGGAAUAAUAGCUACUGGGGAGGAUUGUCGUGUAGUUUAUUACCAAUGGGAUAAUAUAGCCCAACCUAUUGUUAUGCGAAAUAUUCAUCGUGGACAAAAUGUUUGGUGUUGCAGUGUAUGGAGUGCCGAAACUGAUGAUGAAAGUAAAUCGGUUUUGCUAGCUACUGGUGCAAAUGAUGGCGGAGUGUGUGUACGUGAACUGACCAAUCAUUUUCACCAUCCUAAUAAUAAUAUCAAUGAAUGUGUAAUUCUACCGUGUUAUGAGUCUACAUCGGAUAAAAAUACAGAACUCACAGUGAAUUCAUUCAAUACAGAGUCAUCGUGUCCCUCAGUUUCUCAAAAGACUACUGAUAAUUCUAAGUUGAAAGAUUUUGCCCGUGUCCUCUUUUUCGGUUUAAAUGGUCGCCUGUUCUAUAUAACAGAUUUUGGGCAUAUAUAUACAUACUGUCAUACUAGCGAUCCAAUAAUCCAUCAAGUACAUCCCAGGAUACUUAGAUCUUUCGAGGAAGCUGUUGCACUAUUGCAGCCAUCGGGAUGUCUACCAAAACGUACAGGCUCAAAGCAAUGCGAAGUAUUCUUCAAAGGUUAUGUGACUUGUGGUACAAGUUUCGACCGGUCUUUUGUGGUAGUAGGAAACAUUUCUGGUUGUCUUAUACUUAUCAAGAUUCUGCAAGACCCACCUUUUAUGGAGCUAUUGGAUAUUAUAACUGUCAAUGAUAAAGUAAUGAAAAUUGUGUGGAUUAGUUCGUCACAUAUAGCAACUGGACUUCCGAAUGGCGAUUCUUUGGUUAUCCGUUUGGUAAAAACAGAGAAUACAAUAAAAUUCAGUAAAAUAUUUAUUACUCUUCAAGUACCAGAUAGUUCAAAAGGCAUGAAAUGGUUGAACACAGCAUCUGAGUUAAUCAAACAUCAUUCUAUCGGUAAUAACUCCGUUGAUGAUGACAGGAUUCUAGUCACCGGUUCUCGUGAUGGUGGGAUUUUCUCAUACAUAUUCAAUAUUUCAGUUGAUACCAAUAAGCUGCACACUCCAGUAUGGUUAUUAAAGUCAUGUCAUCGACCUGGUGGUUGUAUAUCAAUGCUUGUCGUUAAGCAGCAUCCAUAUGUUAAUCUUUUUACUUGUGGUCGAACUUACGGAGAAGUUAAGCAUUGGUCUGUUCAAUCCAAUGGUGUAUUAUAUCUUUUUGGAACAAUUCUAAGAUCUGAACAUAUGACAUGGAUUGAUAGAUUGUAUCGUUCAGAUGGGGAUAAAAUAUAUGCUUUAGGAUUUCAGUCGAAAUAUUUCAAAGCAAUUUCGCUAAAUCAUGAAUGCUUAAAAGAUGACAAUCACCUGAAUUGGUCAUUGAUGUGUCCAGUUCGUUCAGGUGGUUGUUUUCUUGUUGACUGUGCUGGUGGAAAUCAUUACUGGGAUUGGUUUUUACCCAAGAGCAUAACAAUAACAAAGACCACUACUACAAAUGAAAUCGAAACACCUAAAGAUUCUGUUCGUGAUUAUCAAGGUGAUAGUGAAAAUAUGACGAAGUGUUUUUCUCCUUUGUUUGCAAGUAUUAAUCGAGGUAGAGUAUUAAUUCAUUCGGAUGUGCAGAAUUGUAUAUCAUGUGAACAAAAUAAGUGCUGUCCAACACCUAUCUAUUUACGUCGCUCACUUCAUGGUGAGACAAUUAACAGCUGUUUGUUACUCAACAAAUUUGAUCUAUCCAAUAAGAAGGAUUAUUUUCAAGACAAUUCCAAUAAUGAAGAAGUCGAAUUGUAUUGUUUAGCUGGUGGAGAGGAUACUACUUUAUCGUCGUGGCGAAUUUCUUUACCGGUAGUUCAAAAUGAUACGAAUUCGAGUGAGCCAAUAUUCAAUUCUCUUUUUCACCAUCGUGGUCACAUAUCGAACAUUCGUUGUAUAACAUUGCCUGUCAUCUAUACUAAUAACAGAAGUUCAGAUGAGGUAGUUAUUCCUAGACAGUACAUUGUUAGUGCUGGUGGCCGUGGUCAAAUUUGUUUAUGGCGACUUCUAUCACCAGAUGAGACAGUGAAGACAACAGAAGAAAAGUGUCAAGGAUCAAUUUCUCUAGGUUUCCUAGGUUCCAAGAAAAUUCGCCACGAUGAAUGUUAUCUAGUUGAUGAUCCUUCUGCUUAUGAUAAUAACAAUAAUAAUAAUAAUAAUGUUAGUGAUCCAGCUCAUGAUUAUGAUGAAAAAGCUUCCAGGUGUAAAAAAGUUGUUGUAUCCAGUGAUCUACGUAUUAUGGCUGUGGUUUGUGUUCAGAUUACUCGAGAAGAAUGUCAAAUGAUUGAUGAUUUACUGGUUAUUGCCGGUUGUUCUGAUGGAUAUGUUCGACUGAUUCAUAUCGAAGUUCCGCCAGGAAAUACUGUCGGGUAUCCGAAAUUUUCAGAAAUUGGUCGAAUCAACCCGGUGUCAUCGGCAAACAAUUCGGAGAAUCACAGUAGUUGUUGUCUGGACUUAAAUAUUGUGAGCAUUACUUCCAGCCAGAUUUGUUUUGCUAUGUCGAACUCUCGAGGAGAGGUGCAUGGCUGGAUUCUACCUUGGUGCCCUUUGAAUAAUAAUACUACUGACAAUAAUGAAUGCGUCGGUAACAUUGGAAACAAUGACUGUUACAGUGAUGUUGAUUGUGUAUUCGGUCUCUGUCUAAAUUCUGCCUUCCAUUGGGUUUUAAACUGCACACCAAUUCCACCUUUUCAUAUACCAAACCAAUUAGCUUUCAAUUGUAUAACUUCACUGAGUUUUGAGACUCCUUUUUCCAGUAGUAAUACAAAAUCGACAAUCAUUGCAGUUGGCGCCGAUGAUGGUAGUGUCCGUGUGGCUGUUGUUCCUGUAAAUUUUGAUCGAAAUUCAAAAUCACCCUUGAUGCACCCACAAUGGUCUGUCUCCUGUGUGAAACACUAUAGCAGUGUUGUGAAAUUGGCUACAUGUCCGCAUUUCGAAUCGUGUGACCAGUAUUUGUAUCAUUUUUUAAGUGUAGCCUCAGAUCAACGUUUAAUACUUUGGUGUUUGAAAACAAAUUCUCAGGAAUCAGUGAACAACUUUCAGUUAAAUGCAAUAAAGUGUAUUCUGUUAUGUGGUUUGGGUGAACCCCAUAGCUUAUCAAUAAGCUGUCAGCACCAUCAAGUUAGAAGUGGAAAUAAGAAGAAUCAUACUACUUAUGCUCUUGUUGUGGGAACUGGUGCUCAUUUAAUUCGUGUGUCUUAAGCAAACUGCAUAAAAUGACUUAUUUUUGUAUAUGAUUUUGUACAUUCUAUUUGUAAUAUAUGAUUUGAGC